GAUGAGGAUGAGGACACCAAUGAAGAAGCCCCACCACUGGAGGAUUUCAUGGAUGAUGAAGAAGAGAACAAGAAUGAGGAGGCUUACCAGAGAACAAAAGAGCUUGGUGACCAGGAUCAUGAAGACUGUAAAUCUCUCAAGAAGGAUAAACAUAGCACUGACUUGACUAUGGUCUUUACUUUUGAGAAAGGUCAUGUCAACCCCCAUACCCAGAAGCAUGAAAAUUGGUGGUGGUGUGAGGUAUGCAAGGCCAACAACAUCGCACUACACCAGUGCUUUUUCAAGGGUGGUAUCUUAACUCAACGAACACACAUCGCACACAAUCCCAAGUGCCAUUUUCCAGUUUAUCAGGACUGCUGCAAACAAUGCGGUCUUAUAAUGCACAAUCAUGCAAUA